AUGAGCAAUGACCCGUUACCCAAUCAGCGCGCGCCUAUCUAUUUGACAGCCAUUGUCAUUGACGUGAUCUGGUUUCUAGCCCCGCCUUUCUAUUUUGUCGCAAAGUUCAAAAGAACGAAGCGUAUCGAUUAUCAAGCAUUCUCUGUGAUUCCCUCUAUACUCGAUGGGACUAGUAUGGGGUUCGACGUGGAUAGGUUUUUGGAACCAGUUGAUGAUGAUUUGAAGUGUGGAAUAUGUUUCGGCGUACUAGAGGAGCCCUUGGCAACCCCAUGUGGCCACGUUUUUUGUGCCCAGUGUAUAAUUCAGUGGGCAGCCGAAAGCGGAUCAUGUCCACUCACUUGCGAACAGAUUUCUGUCGAGGAUUUGAAGAAGAUUCUGCCGCUCUGUAGUCUGAUCGCAAAGCAAAAUAUUCGUUGUGAGAAUUUUCGCCGAGGCUGUCCAGCCAUUUUACACGUAGAAAAUAUUCAGUCACAUCUUUUAAAAUGUCACUAUUCUAAGGGAAACACUUCCGGAGGUAAAAUUAUGGAACGCAAUGCUAACUCCCCGGAAACUCGCGAAUUCGCUCGAGUUGUUGUCUGUGAGAAUGGCUGUGGUCUACCAUUGCUGUACCAAGACUCCUCCACACAUGACUGCAUAAAGGCCCUUCAAACUCAAGUCGCUUCGCUUCAAAUGAAAUUGACAAGGGCGGAGCAGGAGAAGGAAUUGGCCUGCGAGAGGAUAGCGAGGAGAGAGGAGGCCAAUCAAGAUAGAAUUUUAAAUCUGGAAAAUGAACUUCAUAGCUACCAAGUUCAGGUGCUUAACUUCGAAAGGCAAUUAAAAGAGUACCGCUUACAAGUGGGUUUUUUUCAGAAGAAGGCUGAUGUGCGCUGUGACCAGGUACGUUGAAAUUAGCCCAAUCGGGCCAAUGUUUGGUUUACAUUUUCCAAUUGAGCGCGCACUAGCUAUACGUAGCGAAAUGUUUGAUUUGAGGUAUAAACCGCAGAAUGGCUUGUGUGUUUAUGAACGUGCAGUGACUCUACUAGAUCAAUACCCAGAUCGUUUUGAUCAAUUAGUGUGCGCUGUUGGAGCUACAUCGACUCUAACGAUACUUCUUAGGAAACCUUGGACGCUGGACACGAACACGCUUCUUUGCGACGUAAAUUUUAACAGACAGAGCGCGCGAUCCAAAAAUAUUUCAAGUUUGACAUGAAAGUUGACGCAUGGCACUAAUCGUUCAAUAACUUGCGCUUGGAACUGUGAAAGAUGUUUGGCUCGAGUCGGGCCAUUACUUCGACACCAGACUGUUUUUCUUGCCACGGUGAGCGACACUUUAUUGAGUUAUGAGUAAACAGACACGAGCGAAUAUUAUGCGAUUUUUAUACGCAUUUGAUUACAAAUAUCAGUGAGGCUGAGUUGUCUUUGCUCUUGUAGACCGCCGACGAGAAUGAGGUCGAAAUAUCACUCGUCCGUGGGGACGGUGGCUCGCUUGGGUUCAAUAUCAUGGGAGGCACAGAGGUAUACAACAUUAGUUAUUUUAGACAGGCCUAAUGCUCAAAAUUGUCACUUGCUUGAGAAUUCCGUUUUUGUCGCGCAAACAAAUCAUUUUUUGCGUUCGAAACUAGUGACCGACGCUCGACAGGUUCUCAACAUACAAACUGCGCGCAUCAUUUUCUAUCAGUCUACCGUUGUGUUUUCUUUGCGACUCUUUACAUUCUAUCAUGGUGUGCAACCGUCCUCGCCCAGGCAUGUGAUGCGAGAUACGUAAAAAGAUUAGCGCCCAACUAAAACCUUAUCAAAGUCGUAUUAUUUUGUUAUCACGUUAAGCACAGUUGAAUCAUGAACCCCCGUUUGUGGUAGCAGCCGAGCAAUAGAUAGAAUCCCUGAAGAAAGACCUUUUCAAUGCAACUGUUCUUUGUUUUGUUUUGUGUAGUCUUUGAAAGAAUGUACUCGUAAACACGGCUGGAAGCCGUUGUUGUGAAUUAAAUAGCCCCACUUUUGUCUAUUUGAAAUUUUCAUUGACCAUGCUGUAGAAACCCACGCGCGUUUGCGUCCCGCAUUGUUUGAAACGCGCGGAAAGUUCGGAUGCUGUUACCUUACAUUCCACCUAGUGAACUACGUGUCUUUGUUAGGAUUAGAAGUGAGCUAUAGAAUUUUCUUUUUAUCCCCAUUAUCAGGUCGGAAACAAUUCAGUUGGUGGAGGAAUUGUGGUCUCAAAGGUCGCAGACGGCGGGCCAGCCUCGAAGGAAGACGGCCUGAAAAUUUACGACGUGAUCUUGAAGGUAAAAUAUGUGAGAUUUUUUACAACCCGCCUCCUUUCAAUAAAAUCUCUCUCGCGCGUGUUUUUCGAGAUGGCUUCUUUUUUCAUAACUGAUUGCAUGACAUGGCGUCGUGUUGAUUUUUCAAUCGUAUCAAAUACUUUCGCGUUCGGAGCCGCGCUUCAUUAUUAAAUCUCCUCAUUGUCUCGAUAACCUACUUUGCAAACCCAUAACAGUGAUCUGUUGUUCUUCUGUUCGGCUAAACAUUGCUGCAGAGUUCUUUGCAAUGGAUUUAUUUACUGAGAAUUGAUGGUAAUUUAGCUCAGCGUAUUUGUAGAUUUCCGACUGUCAACUCUCGGAUUAAUGAAGUAACUAACAAUCCAUCUGCUUCCGCUAGAGAAGAACAGGGACUCUUACUUUCUUUAUUACCCCUUGUAAACAAAUUUGGCUUUUAACUUUGGCUAUAUUCAUCGGACUUCAUCCUAAACGAACUGGAUUUCCCGUCGUAAGCGUUUGAUGUCAGCAAACUCGAAACCCUUCGGCUCACGACGUUUAAAUAGCUUUCAAAGAUUACUAUAUUGUUAUUCACAAGGAGUCGAAUUGAGGAGCUCAAAAAGCCACUUUACUGUUUAUUUUUCGCUCUGUUGUAUUUCAAUAGUCCUCACCGCGUGCUUAAUGUAUAAUUCACGCGCUUUCGCAGUAAAUCAUAGUCGCAUUUGUCUGCCAAAGUGCAUUUACCACAGUUGGAAAAUAGAUGUCUUCGCUACGCGGGCCCCAUGUGAAUUGUCAAUCUCUUAGUCUCAGUGGGAACCCAUUUCGCUGUCACGCGAGGGUCUUAUGGAGCCUUUCGUUCUGGCUGCGAUAAGAAAAGCAAAGUUCCAAUUUGGUUCUGUGUGUUUUUUGACCACCUGCUCCGUCCAAAUAAAUAAGACAAAGGCAAGGAUGCAUUGUGUGGGAAAAGUUCAGCUCUCGCUGUGCUUUUCAAAAGGCGUUUAUCGGAAAUUGAUCUGUCAGUUGAACAAUAUAAAAAGUAUAUUUUGGGUUUCCAGAUAUUAGUUGGAGAUCGAUAACAAUAGAAGAUAAACCGCUUUCGUAACCCUAGGCGAGACUUGAGUUUGUCGAUUUGUGGCUGGAGAAAAAUAGAAGUAAUCUUUAAUUUAUAUCUACCGGUUUUUGUCUCAGAAAACUGCCUUUAAGGCACGGUUGUGAAGAAAUACAGUAUAAGUUUACGGAUUUAACUCUAGAUUUCUUUUGAUUGUCAUUUUUGCCGCUUUAAAGGUCAAAAAACAACUGUAAUGGAUUAAUUUGAUGUUACUGAAGCACCUAACAGCGUUUCAGGAUCGCGGCCGAAUACUUUGCCCAUACCUUUCAAUCGUAAAACAUGUCUGUUAUUCCUCAGAAAAAACGAGUGGACUUUCUUAGCUUAAAUUUCACGGAAUCGCAAGUGAAUCAAUGCACUUUCCGGUAAUGGAAUCUAAAGCACGCAUCUAACUAAGCUAAGCUGAAAACUCGUCGACAUUCCCUCUUAAAUUCGGCUAUCUUUCCUGCAACGAAAAACUGUCUAUUCUCAGAAAUCAAUUUAAGACAAAAGCGUAUUUUGACCACGUCUGAAUUGGUGGCAACUGUUGUCUAACCGGAGUCAAUUAAAGCGAUUUUAGUCGGGAAUGUUAUUUCUGUCAUAUCAGUUCUCGCGGUGAAAUAUCAAACUUUAAGAAUCUUUCAUCACUCAACUAUGCUUUGGAGGGGAACUUCCGUUGCAAAAGCCUUAACCUCUUCGUGUUAUGCAAGGCAUUACGGAGACACACAGAGUAAAUAUUUUAAUCCUUUUGUAAAGUGUUACAACGUUAAACAGGGACAACAUAGUGUAAUAUGAAGUAUUUUUCCAUUAUCCGACACUUAAAAGAGAAAACUCCUCAAUGUCUGCAAUGGACGGCUUUUUGCUAACGUUAAUACAAAGAACAUCAACAUUCUGUUACAGCCAUAAAUGAACCCUUGUAAUGCGACAAAAGUGUUCUGUUUAUAAAGUUGUCAAGUGUUAAGAUGACCUAUAUUGCUUUUUUUUUUUUUUUUUUUUUUUUUUUUAAGGAGACCGAAACUAUUCCUCAAAAAGUUUACCACAUGCGUUUAUAUUUUUUAAACUCGCUAUUUUUCGGUAAUUGAAUGGUUUGUUUGUAUUGAGCUAGCAUAAAAUUUUCGAAAUACCAUUUCCUUUGAUACUGCUUCGAGAUCAAUCAUGGAGAGUCAUCAAAGAUUUUCCGUCAUCUGAAGAUUAAUCGGUGUUUUAUAUUGGCAACUGUAUGGGAGGGUUUUUAAAGUAAAUUUGAAUAUCACCCGGUUUCUUGUUAGCAACAUAUUGAAUCAAGUUGUGAAUUUUUUAUGAAAUGUAGAUUGUUUCACGCUGUCUCGCCGUUAAUCCCUUAAAGUUUGUCAAAUGCAUUGUCGUUGCUUGUAUUGUGGCGAAAUACUGUUGCCUGGAUUUUUUUAGAGCUUUUUGUGAUUUCGUUUGAAAGAUUAAAGUCGGCUUGGAUUAAUAUUUAGCGGUGCAUUUGCUAAAAAUUAUUUAACCCACUACGUUACGAUAUUGGCCGUCCUUUGUCGUAACAGAUGGUUAUUGCUUCGUGAAACAAAAAAUUUAAAGGGAUUGUGCAUGGGAAUAGGCGAUCCAGAAAUGUAGUCUCUUUUUAAAAGAGGCAUGUUGGGGAACUCAUUUAAAAUUUCCUGUCAUUUGAGAAAAGCCAAUUACGUAUUAUGUAGAAUUUUCGAAGUAAAAAGAAAACCGCAUGAUAUUUGGGUGUAGAAUAUAUUUGAGUGGUAUCAAAUGCGAUGAAGCAGAAAGGAUAUACAAGAUGCAGUUAAAUCAAAUAAACUCCCUAUGUUGAAAAUUGUAUGGACUAGGGAAGUUGUUAUUUAUAUCUGCUCAAAGAUGAAGUGGAAUCGGUUUGUAAAGAAAGAAUCUUUUUAAAAUACUCAUUACCUAAAGUGAAGACUUUAUUGCUAGAAUUUGACAGCAGACGGAUUCGUUGGAGAAAUUAGAAGAAAGAAAAUAUGACCCUUUAGUGUUAAAUGGCAGUACUUUCUCUGUAAUUUCGGAACGAUGAAAGCUGCCAUUAUUUAAUGUGUAGAGAAUCACUUUGUCUUGCGAAGCAAUACAAACGAUGAUGCUAAGCGAUAUGUACACGAACGAGUUAUUCAAGGAAUUGAUAUCAACAAAUAACUUAGAGUAGAGUGGCAGACAGACGAUUAGCUUGUCAAAAGAAACCUGUUAAUUUUACGAUGAACAAGUCGUUAGCUGCGGACCAAAGAAAUGCGUGCCAAUUUUGCGAUAAUUUCGGAGUCAAAAUUCAUUUCGAAAGUGGUGGAUUUGAAAGGGUAAAGGUUGUUAAAUUUCAAACUAAGUGUUCUAAAUUGGAUUUUAAGAACACCAGCAGAAUUAUUUUGCAUUAUUUAUAAGUGUGUUGAGCAGGUGUAAUCUACACGAGACUGCGGAAAGCAAGCUUGUCGUUUUCUUUGUCAUUAUGUAAUGAGCAAUUUUUUCUUCCGUGAAGUUGGUCGACCCCUUGAAACCGGUCUGAUAUAAACUUGUUGUCGGUGAAGAAUAGAACUAAAUUUUGGAUUUUUACCUCUUUGGUUAUCAACCGCGCAAAAAAAUAUUGUAGAACGAAUAUAUUUUAAGUUCGCUUCAUUAUCCUAAUGACAGCUUUUUUCGACAAAUGCUUUUUCACCUUAUUUAAAUGUAGUCUAUGUUUGUCGCAAAAAUUAGUUUCUUCAGGAUAUUUUGGGCGUGAGAAUUACGUUGCCUUAAGCAGAUUUUUUUAUUUCAGAAAAAUAUAUUUGACUUAUUCAAAAUAGUAUUUUUCGGUGUACUUUUAUUAUAUUAAUUGAAAAUCCAUGUUAUUUUGUUACCUUCGUAAUAGAUAUUUGAAACAUCUAUGGACAAUAAUUUCACUCUGAUUACAUUAGUUCAUGGUAUAAUUUUUAUGCAAUGUGAAAGUUGCCUCGUGUAUUUGUAAAAGUUAUAUUGAAGCUACCUAUUUCUCGGAGAGAAGAUGUGUUUGUUGCCUAUGCAAAAAUAUUAAUUACCUUAGGAACUGUGCAUUAGUGAAAGAUCCUAAUUUUUUAAUAACAAGACAAAAUAUUGACAUUAACUUGAGUUCAUCCGCUUUUUCGUUCUUGUUAUAGGACAAACAGAGAAAUAACCUCUCAAAAUUUAAUAUUUUAAUGUCACGACAUAGUAAAGACCCCAUUUACAUCGCCGAAUAUUCCGUGAAUAUUCCUAAAACGUUUUACGCCUGAAAAAAUUUGUAAACCGUUCGGCUCGGGUAAGAGAAUUUCAGAUCCAUUUUGAACCAAACUUUGGUUAAAUAAGGUUUAUCCUACAGUUUAUUAAGAAAACUGAAAACUACUUAGAUUGCUAAAUAUAAUUUUGUAUUAUUUUAAUAUUUUAAGAAAAAGAGGCCACUUUUUUCGUUGUUAUUAAAUUUUUUUUGGUGCAAGGCUCGUUUUUAAACUUCAUUUUGUUAUCACGUGUAUAGAUAAAACAAAAAACUCAAUUAAACUCGAUUUUUUAUUACAGUUUUCGUUUAAUUUUCCUUGGUUGAUUGCAAAUUUAGAAAAAAAAUUAUUUUUCAAAAUUCGUAACCGUGUAUACAACUUUGUCCUGAAAUGAAUAUACCUCACCUCGGUUGCCAUGGCAAAGCAUUGGACAAGGUGUUCAUACCUUUUUUGUUGUAGUUAUUUUUUUUAUUUCAUUUGUUUUGUUGCUUUUAUUUAGCAGUUGUUCAAUUUUUCGAUUGAACUCAGAUUUCCAGCAAUUCGCUAACUUGUCUUCUAAACCUCCUUAUUCGACUGCAAUCCCUAUGUAAACAGAAAGAUUAUCUAAUUUUACCACUUCGAACAGGGUAAACCAAACCCCGACGCGAUGUAUUUUUAGAGGCAAGGCUGGAAAUAUGUUUAUAUCUGUUUCGAAACAAUUUCCUCUCGAAAAUAGCGUCUUAAAGCAAAGUUACAAGCAUCAUUUAAAUGGUUUAAAAUGGUGUGCUUAAAUUUCUCCUAUCAGCGAAAGUUUAUCAGUUGUGCAUUCUUUUCGUCAUAAGAAGCCAUUCGCUAUCUUUCCUGAUACGAGCGACAUAUUGAAAUGGUUCCCCUUUAUCUCUCUUAAUCGAUCAGUAUGAAUGGUUCUUAGUUAUAAGCUGGAUAAUAUCGUUUAACGUAUAUUUUGCAAGUGAAAACUCAGCUUUGUAAAGUCGCAAGGCGAUAAUGAAACUGUAAGAUAAGAUUCGCCUUCGACCGAAUCAGAAAAACCGAUGAUAAGGGCGCAAAAACUUUUCAUUAGCAUAGAGACAAGUCUUUGUUCCAUCUUAGACUGCGAGUGUUUCGUUGAAGUAACCAUACGGAAUUUGACUUCUUUGUGGUUACAACUUACAGGAUGUGGUUUUAAUUGAUGGUUGUAAAUGACGUAAACAUGGCAAGCAUAUUAUGGAUAUUUCAUUUCUCCGUUCGUCAGUCGAUUCGUUUUACAGAGUCAGCCGAAAGUAGAAUUAAACUCUGUACAUUAGCAAUCUUGUUAGCCGGUCCGUGUUUCUGGAAUGAUUUCCAAUGAAAAGCACCAGGCUUGAGAUUUAGGCGACAGUGUUAUGCUAAAAUGAACAUCUCGCCAUUGUCUGAAACUUUUUCCCCCUUAUUUCAUUAUUAAUUCCUGUCUGCUAGUCAUUUCCUUUAAUUUUACUGCUAGAAAUUUGGUCUGAAUUCAAAUAAUACACCCAAGCUGUUAGUUUACUUAAUUCUGAUUGCAUUUAUGCUCGGCGAUGUACUGAUAGUGAAAAGUUAAUUCGUACACCCCGAAAUUAGAGCGUCAUUUCCAUAGAAUGCAAAACAUCUAACAGUUCAGUUGACAGUUGUUCUUAGAGAGUACAGGAAAACUUUUUUUAAAAGAAAAAUUUGAAGUCAACUGUGCUGUGACCGAUCGUGUGAUGCGUAAAGCUGAGGUUGAAACGCUAAAAGCGUACAAAUGGAUAUAUAUUCUCAAACACAUACGUUCCCAAUUUAUUCCAUUUGGUAAUUUUAUUCCACCUGCCCCUCGCAACAGUGGGUCAAACAUUUUUAAUGGACACUCUUAUAAGCCUGGAGUGAAUUAAACACUGGAGACGAAUUAUUAAAUUCUCUCGUCGAUAUCGUUUUCAUGUAAACAUUACAUGCACUAAGUUCGCGGAUGUUACUUCUUGACAUCAGAUGGACUCUCUGAUGUGUAUUAAAUGACGCGAAUGACAGCGCAUUUCAUUCGCGUUACUUAUAUCAGUGACAGUUUAUAAUUUGCAAUGUUAUCUUUAAUGACAGUAAAAGAUAAGUUCAGUGAAGACUCGUGAGAGUUAUAUUUCACAGUGACGCGUAUUCCACUGUGUUUUUUUUUUCCUAGUCAGAGGUGUGAUGUAUCCAGGACUAUUCCCUUAAGCAACCGCCUUUUGGCAUGUCACGCCAAGCUUCCUCUCUUUUCGAAGAGCGUUGCGUGACACAGCAAAAACGGCUGCUAUGGAGAGUACCGAUUUUGUCGUUAGUUGCAACAAAAUUAUUCUAGAAUUCUUUCCGUCCUUCUGAACCGCUCUCAAAGAAGCGAGAAAUUCGAUAAACAAAAGUUAAAUGUUGAUCUUGUCUCGAUCUCAGGUGAAUGGUAUCGAUUUGACUGAGGUCAGUCACGCUACAGCUGUAGAAGUCAUCAAGACCGCUUCGGAACCGCUGAGUAUUCUAGUGAAGCGAAAGUGCAUCGACUCCAUCGUCGACUGUGUACCUUGUCUAACUUCAACAGGAACACAAACAGAACUUUUUCUCUCCCAAGACAUGGAAAACGUGGAUACGGACAGCGGAAUCCAUGAUCGAUACAGCCCUAGACAAGACUUGCUUAUUCCGUUUGAGAAAUCCCUUGACGACGGAACGAGUAGCUCGGAGUGUUCCCACCGUCGGAUAGAGUCAUUCUGUAGGGAAGAUGUAGAAAAUUUCCGCUCAACAAGUGAGAGUUUGCCAAGCUCAGAAAACAUUGUUGGCAGCGAGCAAGGAACAUUGCCCCGCGUCAAUCUACUUGUGAAGGAUGUUAAUUACGUACGUUACGUCGAUGAGAAUUCAAGCUGUGAUUUGCAGUCUCAGCCCUAUGUGACAGCGGUUUCCGACGAGAUUUAUUUCGAUCCCGAGUUUGAUUACGAAUACGAGGUAACGUUAUUUAGUUUGUAAAACCCGAACGAUCGUUUCACCGAUAUAUUGACCGUUCUGCAACCCUCGUUUUUGUUUUCCAUCGUGUAUUAUUGAUAAGCAAGUUGUAGAUCAGUUUAAACGUUUUUUGUGAAAAGUUGGAUCACACGCUCGACGGUUGAACUGACCGACUGGGUUAUUGACUCAACUGACAACACACUGACUGUCAGACUGACUGACUGAGUAACUAUCUAAUUGAACGACUGACGUAUUGGUUGACCGGCUGACUGACUGAGUGACUGUCUGACGGACUUUUACUGAUUGACUGACUGUCUGUCUCACCGACUGUCUUACUGACUCAUUGACUGACUGCUUGGUAUAGAUGGUCCAUUCCUUCUAAAACCUCGAUUUAGCGCAUAAAAUAGAGGUGCUGCAAAAAUUUUGAGGAGUUGGAAGAUAAACACAAAAGCUUUAACAUCAGCUAAUCGAAACAACGAUAAUUAUCAGGGGCAUCUAAAAAGCUCUCGGAGUAACCACACCUAGCCAGUCCUAAGCGCGCGAAAGCGCGAUUUACGAAUUCCUGGUUGCUGAGAGAAAUACAUGCGAAACCUCUUAGAGACGGGGCCUCAAGUGCAAUCCUAUGUUACUCUCAACCUUAUGUAAAUAUUGUUAGAUUAAAGUUUUGUUUAUUUAUUUCUUUAAGGAAAUAACUCUCUGGAUAGCAAACAGAGAUCUAGGAUUAACAUUCUGUUGCGCCGAAGAAGACGAGUCUACAGUCUAUGUGUGCGAAGUAAGUUAAACUCACAAAAAUAUAUCGUUUGGUUGGUGUUUAGUGCCCUGCUCGACAUACAGAGUACUUUUGAAGUUAGACGGAGCUUAAUACUUUUCAUAAUCACGAGGAAACCCUUGGGUAAAAAACGCAAGCCUUUGAUUAAAUCACUAUGUACGCAGGGUUGUCCAUUAGUUGAAAUAAUUACGUGAUUUCGUAAAGAACGUGCUCGUGCGUACAUUAAAAGCUAGUAAAGUAAUUCACAUGCAUAAACAGGGGGAUGAGGGUUUUCAACUUGUCCUGUUUGAUUUCCUACUUUAAAAAGACAAACAAACAAACAAAACAAAAGCGCAAAAAAAACAGAAAUUCAUCUUCGUGUUCUUUGCUACCACUGGAGGCUCGGUUCUGUGGUGCCCCGGCAGACAUCUGUCAGAAUGUGUUUCUGUCUCCGUGUCUUUGUUUACCCAGACAAGGGUAUCUUAUUUAAUCCACUAUCCUUUUUAGUGCGCACAAAGAAUAAUGUGUUAAUUAGCGGUCUCCCAAAUCUUGUUAAGUCCUAACAAAACACAAAAAGAGCUCGCGCAGCCACCCACGGAGAAAUCUUAUUAGCUUGACAAAGCAGGACCUCUGAUCUAGUUUGUCAGUGUUGGAUCGAGUUACGCUUUAUUUCCCAGACAUUCAUUCUGUCUUACAGAGAAACUGUUCGGAUACACUUUUGGAAUCUCUUUACCUUCGCCUUUACAGAGGGUCUUAAUGGGGUGUUGGCUCUUACGCAUUACGGUUAAAAUUUGUCAAGUUUACACCUAACAGCAACAUUUUUGUAUCGUUGUACUCUUUGAGCCCCUCUUUACAUUCAUGAUGCCCAUAUGGAGAUCAAAAUUACUUUUUCGUACAUUUGAAAUCCCCACCCCCACAUUUGAGGUGCGCGUUUAUCUGAAGACCGGUUGACAAUGCCAUUGAGCGAAUAGGGAGAUUGUUUUCUUCCCCCGCAUGGACGGAAUAUCAGUCCACCGCUGUGGUCAAUAUUUAUUUAUAUUCCUGUUUGAAGUAAACGGGCACUGGGAAAGUAAUCUGUAUGACACACGAACACAACAUAUUGCCACACUGAGGAACUUCGAUCCUAAGUACUUAUGCUAAGCGUCUCGUACUUAGACCCAAAGGGGGCAGUGGAAGAGAAGCUUAAUUUAACCCUUCAACUCCCAAGAUCUGAUUGUUAAUCCUCCCCUCCUGCUGCGAAACAUUUCCUUGUAAAUAAGUGAAGAGAAUUUGUUGUUAGAUCUCAUAGCCUGUUUGCUGAAUGGUGCAUGGACAUUGUAGGGAGAAGUUACUCGUUAAUCACUUCUGGAAGUUAAAGGGUUAAGUUAUAUUGGAACCGUUCGAGCAGGGAAAUCAACGUAACGAAAAAUGCGUACUACUUUCUUUUUCCUGUAGAUUGAACCUGGGUCCGUUGCGUACCUUGAUGGAAGAUUGACUUUGUGCGAUACAGUUUUAAAGGUAUAACUCUCUUAAUAGUUAAUCGAAAUAAGAAUCUCGUUUGAAGCACCAGCGAGAUCAUGGUGUCCACGAAAGCAUACGCGUGUAGCAUGCGCGUGUAGCAUGUGCGUGAAAACGCGCAUGCUUUAGUGGAGUGGCUACAAAAUGUGAUGGCACAUUUAGCUAUACUCUUUUGUACUUAACCGAAUACUGCUCUCUAAAAAUGUUGGUCCGUAAGAUUUUGUAUGAAAAACAUUGUUUCUUUCUUUUCACAGAUAAACGAUGUUCCUGUGACCCAUCUCAGUGACAUUGAACCAUUAGUCUACGAAUCAACCUCGACUAUUAAAUUUCUUGUGGCGAGACCUGCGCAGGAGGUGUGUGAUCUUAAAAAAUAUGUAAAAAUAUAUAAUGAUAUUGCUUCUUGUCAAAGAUUUUCCCUGAAUGACUAUUCUUCGCCUUGAUUAGCAUGCCAGACGAACAGGAAUAGCGUAUACGUGAGAGCUUCGGCGUUCCUCGCUGUAUUUUGGGUUUGAUUCGUCGGUUUUCGUUACUCUUGGAAAGAAAAAGUAUCGGUGUGUUUUUGCCAAAUCUAGCCAUGAUAUCAUUUAAUUUCUGAGUUCUGUUCGGUUAAGAAGUGAUCGGCUGUGAGUUUGUUUGGUUCACCAGCUCGGCAAAUUUACCAUCUUGCAUCCAACGCGCGCUCAUGAAUUAAUCGUUAAAUAUUCCAUGACAUGACGAGAUCAUUCCGGCUCAGUUCUGCGGUAUCUGAGAGAGAACAUUAUUUACCCUUUAUAUGAAUUAGAUUCUUGUGGAUAAUUAGUUUUGAAGUUUGCUUACUUAGCAAAGGACUGUGACAACCUCUGAAAAUCAUCAUACCCUCUUAAUAAGGUGGUGGUGCGCUCAGCGCGGCGAGAUUAUGAUAUAAGAUGUUUACCGUAUCUCGCUGGAUUAACAGGAAAAAAGUUGAUUGGAAAGGAUUCGAAACUUUGGAUUACGUUCUUUAAUGCCGCCUUAAAUCAAAGACGAGAUAAAUUUUAUUUAUACAAGGCGAAUAUUAGAACAUUGGCAUUCGAAAACUGCACUCAAACUCUAAUUGACAAGAAGCUUAUGCUAACAAUUGAUAGCCUUUGAUAUGCACGCGUUACAGACCAUAAGAAUGAAUUUUUCCGAGUCUUGCCAGUUUCAAACCUUUUAGGUGAAACUUGUGUCAGUUAUUCUGUGGUCUCGAAUAUUUCAGCAGCUUAGGCGAGUAUGCGAUUCGUUUCCUGUCUUUUUUUUCUCUUUUUUGAUUCAACUCUUUGAAGUAAUUUAAUGAGGUUAAAAGUACUUGAGGGAUAAGAGUGUGCGGGUCCUUUGUAAAUAUUCAAGGCUAAUAAACGCCGUUUGUGAAUAAAACGUAAUUAAAGACGAAUCCAAGAAUGACAUAAGCCAGAGUUGUUUCUCUAGAAAAAAGUAUUUUAAGAAAAGAUGAAACGACUCGAAAACCAUUUCGUGUUGCGAAACAUCCGAAAUUACCCGGCCUGUGUUGCCAUGCAUAGCUUUAAUGUCAAUGAAAUAUUAUAAGUGAUUUUCCACAACUCAAACAAAAUCGGCUAUUUCAGACAGAAGUUCAGACUAAGCUUGUGUUUACCGUCGAAGUGAUUCAUUGCAAUUUCAAUUUAAUCUCAUUUAACACCAGGAUUUCUCUAAUCUUCAAAGAUGGCUCAAUGACAGUGAGUAGUCCUUUCAAAUGGUUUCGGAAAUCCACGAUCGUUUGAAGUCACGCAAGUUUGUAGCCUUGCGUGUAAGUUUGUGUACUUAAAUGUAAAAUCGCAUACCUUAUCACAAAUGGAAGAUGUUUUAAUAGCGGUUUAAGAAAUAACCCCGUCGUUAUUGAAAAUGCUGUGAAAAUCAUUCUUCGAAGUUCAUUCUUGUCACGAAAACGUUGUGCACGCUUCGAAUCACGAAAAUCGUACAAAGAAGUUUUCGACAACCUGCAGUUCUUUUCUGUUGUCACGUGCCUCAAUUACUUCGUGUGAUUAAAAGAACGAGUUACAUCUUGAGAGAAUCGUUGAAGUACAAACCUGGAACACGUUCUUCAGCUAAUUAGGUUAAUUUUCUCUUCAUCACUGUUCUUAAACGAGAAAGGGAUUAUCCUUGAAAUUGUUCUUCGCUAAGGACAGCUUAUCUUACACGUCCCUCGCUGUGCAUUUAUUUUUUAAUCAUGCGGCUUUGCGUAAAGAUGAUAAUUUUAGUUCCUUUUGAAAUUAUCGUGCCCUCCUCUAAUACCCACCUUGAUUAUUUCAGGGGAUUAAGCUAUCAUCUUUGACGCAGGCAUGCUUUUCAAGGUGUCCUCUGAAGGAAAGGUGAUGAAAUUUUACGGAGCCCCCCUAACCUGAACAAUGUUGUUUGUAUUUGCUAUCACGUGAAAGCUCGUACACAAAAAUUUCGAACAGUCGGAGCAAAGGUGGCAGCUUUUGUUCUAGCGUUCAAGUACCAGUGCAGACGAUUUUUGUAUUUGCGUUGUCAGUAGUAUGAGUAAUCAAAGAGUUGAUGUCGGAUCAAAGCGUCCUUUUUGUCUUGAAAACGUAUUCUAUUUUUUUCCUAAUUGACUUCCAUUUUUUUGUGGGCAAAACUUAAAUGAUGGUUAAAGCAUUAUCUACCAAAAAAACAGUUUUUUUUCUCAAUCAUUACUGCGAAGCGAAGCUUCUAACAUUUAAUCCUACAUAUUAUAAAAAGGAUCAAUUUAACCGCAGAUUUCCGAGCUUUUGAAGAAUGUGACUACGAAUUACGUCUUUGUCAAACCACUUAGCGGGACCUUGAAUCAGCUUAUUGGAAAAGUUUAAAGGGUACUUUUAGUGAGCUAGAAAAUAGAAUCAAAAUCUUCUUACUCCAAACAAAUUAGAUUAUUGGCGGUGCAUAAAAGGAUGUUACCCAAUCUUAUUAAAUUCCCUGGUAAGCUCUAUUAAAUAGCAAUAAUUUGUCAAAAAUUUCCGCUCUGAGGCUUAAACUGACUUAGCUCCUAGUGGGAUACUGGCUAAUUAUAAUUGAGGAAUUCCCCAAACGAUACGUGGAAUUUUGAAUAGUGUCCAUUGUUAAGAAAAACGGUUUGAAAUAAAUCAAUCUGACAAUAACAAAAAAGAAAGCCUGAAAAAAACUCUUCAGGCCCCGACGGGGCUCGAGCCCAUGCCACCCAGAUGCCUGUUGCACGGUGCCAUUUAUUAGGCUACGAAACCACGUGUAUGACAGAAGGGAGGUAUUGUAGAGUGAGUUGAACUCUUCAAAGGGGUUUGUUUUAUUCGCACUGCACUUGUGAAUAUCAGUGUAUCAUAUAUCAUCUACAGAUCAGUUGUGGCUAUGUCUUACCACUAUCGGUUACCGUGGCUACUUUCAUUCUGUUAACGGUAUUCCCUUUCCCAUCCGGAUUCUGGGAAAAAAAAUGAAAACCCCCUGCGACACAAAUCUUGUGUAAUUGGUAAAUACUGUUGUGGUAUAGUGACAACAAACCGUUCCUAGGGUACCUCCCUCUUCCCUCUCUAUUUCGUCCUAGCGCCAUUUCAUAUCUAUAAAUUUGUAUUGUAGGUACGAGCGACUCUUGUUGGCAGCGAGGGAAGUCAGGAAUGGAGCUUCGUGGAUCCGAUUGAUGCCGAGCUGAGCAACUUCAGAAUUGACGUCAUCAAAGAGGAAGACGAAGAUGUAAACGAAACGCUUAACAACGAAAAAGCUAACGGUGAAAAAUGCGAAAAGGACAGUGGUGUUGGAAGAACAGAUGAGAGCACUAAAAAUGACGAAAGCUCUGAGCCAGAACUCGGAGAGGAAGCCCUGCAACCGGCGGAUUCUCGGAGAAAUUCUCAAGAGAAUAGCGAUAAAUGCUCUAUUAAGGACGAUUCUGACAUGCGCGAACGACAGGGAAGUAACGUCUCCCGGGAGAAGGAAGACAGAGCAUUUUCUCUUGGGGAUAACAACUGUGGGAAAUCUCGUGGCCAUUCUGGGGUAGACUCUAGUCGAAGUAACAAAGAGCGCUCACCGGAAAAUUCUCGCUCGCGGCGUCACAGCAACGGAUCGCCGAAUAAAAAAUCUCGCUCGCCUACGCGUAACGGUGGCUCGCCUCCUAGAAAGGAGAAGGACAAGGAAAAGAGCAAAGAACGGAGAAGAAAUCGUGAUUCACAUAAAGACAAUCACCAUGAUGAAUCUCGCGGUGAACGGGAGCGAAGCCGACAUUCCGAGCCAAAGCGUAAUAGCAAACUAGGCAACGUAAGCAGGACAAUACGCGCUUCUUACAUAAGGGCUGUAAGUAAGGACUCGACUCAACACAUUAAUUUGAUCGGAGAAUCGGACGUCUUUGGAAGGAGUGAUUAUCCAGAUCAUCGAAGUAAAAAGAAAUCAAACCUUAUUGAAAACCAGCCACUGAAUGGUUCUCAGCAAAACAUUGAAUGGAAGGUGCGCAUGUCGAAGGACGGUAGUCAAAUUUUUGUGCGCAAGAGACCUGCGACGCCCGCUCGACAAGCGCGGAACAAACUUCUGCGCGAACGUGCGCAAAAAAUCACGGACGAACGCAAAGGUAUUACGACUGACGAUGAUGCGCAAACUAUUUAUCAAGGCCGCUAUUGGCCGAGAGAGGACCGGAGACGACAUCUAGAACGGGUGCGAGAGGCGCGCCGGAAAAAAAUCCAAAAACUGCAACAACUGAAAGAAUGUGAAAGCCCGCACACGGGCAGCGGUUCAGAGAGUGGCAAAGGACGUCGAGAUAUCAUUGUGGAGAUGAGCCACCGUAAGAUGAAUAGAAAACAGUUCGACGAUUUUACCACAGUUCGAGAGUAUUUAACUCAACGAAACCCGGAUGGGUCACCUGUGGGACCUAUUCACGUGACCACAGUGUAAUGGGUCACCUGUUGGCCCUAUUCAUAUGAUCACAGUUUAAAGAAUAACGUAUCUGUGAAGGAACAAUUGUGGAUAAAUGCGUGCAAACUUCAGAGAUCACAGGCCACAAAUACUAAGCUCUUUGAAGCCAGGAGAUGUUUUAAUAGCCUUUUUUGUUUUGUAUUUUUUGUUGUUGUUGUUGCGCUUUGCUCUCGAGGUAACAGAAAGACCUGGAAAGAAGUGCAUAAUUACUGUACGCUUGCUGAAGUUUGGCGGGAAACGUUGAAAUUGACGAGUGACGCUGACGCUCGCUUGAAAUGUACAAAGCAACGUAUGUUGGUGGGAAAUGACCGCAUACAUGGCGCAUGCGUAAACACCCGUACAGUACCUUGACUAGAAUUUGGGUGUUUACUGAAGCUACCGACCACAUUUCCAAGCAGUAGGUUAUUUAUGAGGUCUCUUUGUCUUCAUACUAAAAAGGAUUAGACACCUUUUUAUAACCCAUUUGCGUUUACCUAUCUUUAAUCCUUAUUGUAAAGCUACUGUAAAUGUUUUAUUAGUUUUAUGUUAUGAAGUAACUAAAAAGUCAGCCAGAAAUAGUCUAUUUAAGUUUAUUAUCCAAUAUUUCGCAACUGUUUUAUGUCGGUCAUGUAUAGUUCCUCUAAGAGUUGCGUCGGCCAAUUCACCGUCUCUGCUCGGUAUGGCUUGUAAUUUAUUGCCAAAAAGUACAGUAAAACAUUAAAUUCUCGGAUUCUAUCUAUGUAUAUAUUAAGAGAUGUAGUAUUAUGAGAAAAAGAAUAUUAAGGUCCAAAAAUUACAUCAAUUUUACGAACUAUCUAUCAAAUAUUUUAUUGAUGUUUUUGUUGUCAAACAGCGAAUUAAAUGACAAUGGUCUACUUUGCAGUCACUCCUUAUAGUGUACAACGUCAUUACG